AUGAGAAGUCUUGCUGAAUAUUUUUCAGAAUACUUGUUAUUGCUUAUGUAUUGGGAGCCUCACACAGGAAUAACUUUGACUGCAGACACAUUUUCUGUAAAUAGAAUAUUCAAACUGAGGAAUCACCUUCAUUUAGUCAACAAUAUGGAUGAUGGCUCUCCAGAAGACAAAAUUUUGAAGAUGAGACCACUGCUAAAUAGAAUCAGGGAAACUUCUCAGUCUGAAAAAAGGAGAAAGGGCAAAAGUACGGGAAUUCGAAGUGAGCACAAGCACCGGGGCUCAGGUGGUUCCAUUGUGAUGCGACUGAGUGAACACAUUCCACAAGUCUGUAGGUAUAAAAUAUAUUUCGAUAAUUAUUUUACAUCUAUGUCACUGGUGCUUGAAUUGUUGAAAAAGAAGAGCUUUUCCAUAGAGACCAUCAGACCUAACUGGUUACAAAAGUGCCCACUAAAAUCUGAGUGUGAACUGAAGAAGGAAGGAAGAGGAUCUGUCAAUGUCUGUGUGACCACAGAAGAAGAUCUUUGUGUCGUUCGCUGGCUCGGUAAUAGUGCUGUCACACUCCCUUCCUCAUACCUGGGUGCAGAAAUUAUUGGUAAAGUAAAUAAGUGGAGUGCAGCACAGAAGCAACAUCUGGAGGUCACAAGACCAGCCAUCGUAAAGGAUUACUGUGUUUUUAUGGGUGGCAUUGACAAAAUUGAUUUUUUGAUCUCUCUGUACAGAAUAUGCAUGGAAACUAAGAAGUGGCCUAUAAAAGUUACUUUUCACAUGGUUGAUCUUUCCAUAUGCAACUAA